AUGAACUACGCCACAAUUGAUAAACAAUCAAAAUUGUUGCAUAGCAAUGUAAGUGGUCCGGUUGCAGCCAGAUAUCAAAGGAGACAGACGUUUGGUGGCUGGGCGGCCUUCCUUUUGCUGAUUUGGUGGUGUGGACUACUUUCAGUUGACACCACAACUAACACAGACGAAAUACCAGAGAGGGGAGUGGGAGAGCUCUUCCAGGACCUGUCUAAACAAAAGAUAAAGGUCAUUUCCGAUCUGGAAAAGACAGUUCGGCAAAUUUGGAAAGAUCAAAAUCGCUCUAUUUUGAAUAGUCGUGCUGCGAGUAUUAUCACAAAGACGUAUCCGUACUUUGCACGACUAGCGGACCCAGAGAAGUGGGAUAGCUUCUGGAGAAAUUGUCUAGACUAUCCAGCUGAACAGCAAAAUGACGCCCAUCUCUAUGACUGCAUGGGGAACGUCUUUCUAAAUCAUCUGAGCAUUGCCCUAGACGAAGACGUGUUUCAGAAAAACCAGCCCGAUAAGGCCAAGCAAGCUGCAAAACAAGCCCUAGAGGACAUUGUCUAUCUUCUUAAAAACAACGGGCUAGAUUUACCACCCAACCAUCCUUUCGCACAAGUUAGUGCCGAAAGAAUCCUCAACAUUAUGGCCCUCGGUAUCUUUACUCUAAACAUUCCCACAGAGAACUAUGCCGCAAUGUCCCGAAUGACUACCCUAUUUCGACACAAGUUUCUGAAUGCUUGCUUACCACCCCAAACAACACACCAGCUCAAAGAGUUCCUUGGCGAGCUGGGGUAUGGUCGCCCUCAGUCCAGAGCCGCGGCAGACCCAUGGUACUAUACCACAACGCUUAUAAACCCAACUAUCGUCAAACAGAUCAAAGAGCCUGGCAUUCUCAAUCAGCUACUCGGAGCUCUUAAUACUCUUAUAGUCACUCACGGACAGCAGCUUCACCAAAUCUGCAAUGCGGCUUGUUCAGAGGACGAAACUGACCAACAAAUCAAAAACGGCGCGGCAAAGCUAACCUCGCUAAAAAGCCCGCUGGUGAGUUGCAAGCUAGACUGUCUAACCGAUAUUUCGGCCUUGACACUAUUAACAACUGACCAAGUUGCAAAAGUUCGCAAAGCUGAAACUUUAGUCGUCAUUCUAUCCAGUGAAGAUUUGCCUAUUGACUUUCUCCAAGCAUGCUUAGAAUGGCAGGUCAUUCCAACUGAUAUUCGGUUUCUUUUCUCAUCGGCGGUUCCUCCUAGUCAGCAUGAGACUCUGACCAGUAGAAUUGAGCGUGCUAUAAAGAGAAGUAAGAAUCCGAGAUGGACGCUUUUCGCAGUUUGCCGUGUUCUGCUUGGGGCGAGUUUUCAAGUCGUAAUGUGGAUCAUCUUCAUGUUCUAUUUUAAAUACCGCAUCAUUGGCCUGAUGGUCGGCGGUAUUCUAUACAUUACAUUGGGCUUCGUGCUGAUGGUCAUGUUCCAGGAUAAGAAUUCCCCGCCAUAUAAACGAAAGGCCGCCCUAACCAUUAUCAAUAUUACUUCAACUAUUAUUGCCUGCAUUAGUGUAGCUGGCUUUAGUGUUGCAACAUAUAACUCGGCGAUCCGUAUUGACGACAUAAUUCUCAUUACCCUGAUCGGAAUACUUGUGACGGCUCAUGUGUUGGUUAUUGGGCUGGUGCUCAGGAAGAAAGGUCAGAACCUCCGACCACCAAUAGCCCAGCAGAGCAUGUUCUAUUUCCUAAUCACAGGUAUUAUCGUUUGCAGUAUAUGUUUGCCGGGCUUACGGCUGUUUGUGUCUCACGCGAGAUUUGUUCAACUUCUCAACACAGGUGUAGGACUGUUCAUUGGAGGAACCUUUGGAAUUUUGAUCCCGUUCAUAAGCAAGUCUGCAGAUCGAAAAGCAAUAGAGGGCCAGAAUACAGAUGCCAAAAAGCACAUGCGAAUAUUUGCAGUGGCUCUGGCUAUUUUUGUUAUUAGCUUGGUUGUCUGCUGCGUUCUGUCCGAGAUUAAACACAUUGACUUGAUAGAUCACCGUAUUCAAGGAUUCUUUAAUGACCUAUGGGCUAAUGUUCAGAGCAACAUAAGCCAGCGCCUUCCUUUUAUCCGAUGA